GUCCAAUGUCCAUUAUCUUGGUUUCGUUGUUCUCCAACUGCUGAAUGAAAGCUGAAGCAUCUCAAAGGAUGGGAUUGCUCUAUCAGUAUGGCAGGAGCUGUUCAUAGAUCUUUUUCAACUUCUCUCUGUCUCUCUCUCUCUGCAGUUAGGGAUUGAACCCGAUACCUUAAUUGCGUUAUAUGAGGGCCCUCCUCUGUUUGAAUGGUUACAUAACGAAGGCAUGGCUCUUGUUGAUCAGCAGAAGAAGGGGCUUCCAGGAACUGGGAUCAGAAAGUCAAAGAGUUUCCUGCUUUCUGAAACCAGCCUUGCCUCUCUUGAAUCUUUAACCAUGCCUCUUGUCCAAGAAGUUGUUCUCUCAGCAGAUAUUCGAUGUGCAGAAUGUCAAAAGAGAGUAGCUGACAUAAUGGCGAGAAUGAAUGGGACAGAUUCAGUGGUGGUGAAUGUAUUGGAAAAGAAGGUGACACUAACAAGUAGAUAUGCAGGUAUUGGUAAAUCAUCCACACAGCAAGUUGCUGCCGUAUAUAGGAAUCCUCUUGACAAAGUCGCCAUGAUUAGACGGAUAUUCCGCCCAUCUCGCCGUUGAUUACAACUCAGAAAGGAUCCAGCAGGCCAAGGAAAAUUUGUUGUAUGAUAAUACUUCUGAGACUAAGUAGGCCAUGUAGAUAAGUUUCAAGUUACAUCGAUGAACAAUAAAUCAAUUCUGCUGUAUGUGUAAAUCGGUUGGUUUAUGAGUUU